CUUUGGGAGCUAACCAAUUUACUCUGUUAUCAGCACUAACUACCUAGGGACCGACAACCGUGGAGGGAAACGGGUUGUUCCAAAGACCCAGUCAUUUGGUAGGCGAGGGAGAUUUCGCAGUGAGUAGCGCAGGGGUAAGCAACACAACUCAUUUGAAGGGGACAAGUCUUCGCGGCACAGUAUCGGACGACGACACAAGCAGCAUUCUACCAUAGUUAUAUAUGGCAAUAUCAAUAGUCACUCUGCAAGUGACAUAGUCCAAUAAUGUUUGAUAACUCACAGUAUCCUUAUAAUUGUUUCAAUUAUGAUGGAGAUGGAUAUCCCACUUGUAGUACUGAUGAAGAGAAGAAAAUGUGUCGACCUGCUUACAGUUAUAUCGCACUUAUUGCCAUGGCCAUCCAGCAAAGCCCAGAGAACAGAGUCACUUUAUCAGGGAUCUAUGAGUUCAUCAUGAAGAGAUUUCCUUACUACAGAUCUAAUCAGAGAGCUUGGCAAAACUCAAUCAGACAUAACCUCUCCCUCAACAGUUGUUUCAUAAAGGUUCCCAGGACAGAGGGCAAUGAGAAAGGGAAAGGCAACUAUUGGACAUUUGCUACCGGUUGCGAAUCCAUGCUGGACCUCUUUGAGAAUGGCAACUUUCGCCGUCGGCGACGCAGACGCAAUAUUAAGAUGGGUUUCCGGGAGCCGGCAGAGCCUUUCCUUCAAGUAGACGGUCAGCAUGGAGGCGCAGUGCGGCGACUGGACCCCGACCACUUCUAUCCAACCGACCCAAGCCACAGACAAGCCCAGCUCAACCCCUCAGUGGGGAAGCCUGAGUCUGAAAUCAAGUUCAGCAUCGAUUACAUCCUCUCCACCCCAGACCCCCUUCCUGGUUUCAGACCCCCUCAUUGCGGUGCUCCAGGGGCUUCGGUCCACCUUUUGGAGCCCCAGCACCUCAAUCUGCACUUCUGGACUAUGUGACUUUAAGAACAGAUUGGCCCUCUUUUGAAACAAAGUGAAUGGACCA